CCGCGGGGAACCAUGCUGAGAACGAGUCUCUCCGCGGGCAGCAGGACUUAAAAAGCCGCGCUGCAUCCAUCUGGACACUUUUCACAUCUACUCUCGCCCCUUCCCCUUGUAUCUCCCUCCCGCUUUGAUCAGGAAGAUAAGACUCGGUCGUAUUCUAGUGUACACUCCUCUUUGGGUGACCCAUUUUAACCCCAUUUGACGGCCGGUCGGGUUUUGAGCGCGAUGUGGAAGACCGGGAUCCUCCUGCUGCUGUGGGUGCUUCUGGCGUCCGGCGAACUCCAGCAAGAGACGGAGCCGCGGAGACUCCCACCCCCGGGAAAGUUGGAUUUCGGUUAUGUGCCUGCGGGAGUUUACGAGACACUGGCCCACUACGAACCGGGACCGAUAGGGAUCCUGUUCCACAUGGUGCACGCUUUCCUGUAUGUCGUGCAACCCAACGCGUUUCCACAAGAUCUUAUUGUCAAACUGGCAAAGGACAAGUUUGGAGCCAUUCAGACGGAAUACCAGAAGCCAGAGAACAUAGUGCUGACCCUUCAGGCCAUCUACUACGAGAUAGGCUUCCUAGUAUGUGCGGCAGUGGGCCUGCUGUUCGCCGUUCUGAUGCCGAUAGUCGGCCUCUUCUUCUGUAUGUGCCGCUGCUGUGACAACUGCGGUGGCGAGAUGCACCAACGCCAGAGGAAGAACGCGGACUGCCGGCGUGGCCUGCUGGGAACACUGCUCUUCUCCACCUCACUGGUCAUCACGAUCGGAGUACUGUGCGCAUAUGCUGCCAAUCAGAAUCUGAGCUCCCAGGUGAAGAACAUACGGAGAUUGGUCAACAGCAACAUGAGGGACCUGCACACCUUCGCUAAUGACACACCAAUGCAAAUUGAUUACCUAAUAUCCCAGUACGCCACAGCCAAGAACAAAGUCAUCUAUGACCUAGAUAAUAUAGGUCCAUUAUUGGGUGGAAGGAUACAUGAUCAGCUGGAUAAGGAGGUCCAUCCUGCCUUGGACAGAGUGCUCAAUAUGGCUGGAGUGAAAAUCGAGAGAGCCAUCAAAGCCAUGCGAGAAACCAAGGAGGCCCUGGAGAACGUCAGUGUGGGUCUGGAGGUCCUCCAGGUAGGAACAGGAAAACUCAACUUCAACCUGAGCCUGGUCCGGACCAGUAUCAACCGCACCCUCAACGACCCAGGCUGUCAUGACGAGGAGUCAGACGCCACGUCUGCCCAGCUGUGCCGCAACAUCCGCCAGUCACUGUUCCAGCUGCAGAUCAGCGCCAACUUCACACGGCUACCUAACGUGAAGACUCAGCUGGAAAAGGUGAACGACGUAUUGAGAACGGACCUCAGUGCUAUCGUCCAGAGGGGCUACUCCUCUUUGAACGACACGCCACAUAUGGUGAUUGAACAGACCAGAAGUGUUGUGGAGAAUGUACAGAGUUUGGUCGAUGGCAUUGGAAAGAACAUCAGCAGCUUUUCCAAGGUAUUCCCUGUGCAGAGCUGCCUGUCCAACUUCACUAUCUUCAUCAGCCAUGCCCAUGCCAAGAUUGAGGACCACUACCCAGAAAUUGACCAAAUGGACUUCUACAGGUGGAUUGGCUGCAUUGCUCUUUGCUGCAUGGUGGUCCUGGUCCUGGCUUUCAACUACCUGGGCCUGCUUUGUGGCACCCUGGGAUACGACAAGCACGCCUCACCAACGACACGAGGCUGCAUCUCCAAUACAGGAGGAACGAUGCUCAUGGCUGGCGUUGGAUUCAGCUUCAUCUUCUCCUGGGUGCUGAUGGGAGUGGUGACCACCAUCUUCCUGGCUGGAGGAAACAUGGAGAAACUUGUUUGUGAACCUUUCCACACUAAAGAAGUCUUCAAGGUUGUGGACACCCCAUAUCUGGUCAACCCAGAAUGGAAGAACUUCAUCCCCGGCUACAUGUACAACGACUCCGACCUGGAGCUGACAGCAGAGAGCUUGUACAGUACUUGCAAAGAGAACAAGGGCAUCUACUCAGCCAUGCGUCUGGACAAAGUCUUCAAUAUCUCCUCUUUCUUGAACACUACAGUGUUUACGAAGGAUGUGGUGAGUCAGCUGAACAGUUUAAAGAUCGACCUGAGGGGUAUAAUCCUGUUAGAGGCCGAGGGGAAACAGAACCUCCUGGACUUCUCCGAAGCAGGGCUGUCAGAAAUCAACUAUGCAGACUACCUGGAAGAGGUCAACAAAGGAGUCACUGUGGUGGACCUGCUCUCAUUUGCCAGAGAGCUGGAGGCCCAGACAGACCUCAUGCCCAGAGGCGCUCUGCAGACCGCUCUGAAAGGCCAUGUCGGCACUCUGCGGCAGAUCCACAGUCAGCAGAUCCUCCCCAUGGAGCAGGCCAUGAAAUAUGUUAGAGCGAGGAGCGCGUUGAACCAGAGUAUGAGGUUCCUGGAGAGAACAGCCUCAGACCUGCCUAACAAAGUCUUAGCAGUUCUUGAUGCCAUUGAAGCAGCCCAGUACCUCAUCUCCCAGAAUGCUACACAUUUAAUCAACCUGGAAACAGGGAAAUUCACAGCGACCAUUGUUGGCUACUUCCAUCAGUACAUAGAGUGGGUCAAAACAUCUUUGGCCAUGGAGGUUGCACCAUGCAAGCCCUUCAGCAACAUGGUGGACACGGCGGAAAUCAUUGCCUGCAGUUUCUUGGUUGACUCCAUGAACACAUUCUGGAUGGGCCUGGGCUGCAGCACUCUCUUCCUGCUCCCGAGCAUCAUCCUAGCAGUGAAACUAGCCAAGUACUACCGCAGGAUGGACACAGAGGAUGUUUACGAUGACAUUGAGACAAUUCCCAUGAAAACUAUGGAAAUUGGUAAUAAUGGUUAUCAUAGUGAGCCCUCACAAGGUAUCCCAAAUCCUAUGAUGACAAGCAUCCCUACCUAUGACACCAUGAACAGGUUCCCGCGGGCCUCGGCUCCCCCGAGGCACAUCGACUGGUGACACAGAGCCGGCUCUUGUCCUGGCUCCUGAAAGUGCCCUCGAAAACUGGAACGAAAACACACCAUAACCAGAAGACGCUCAAUAAAAGCUGGCUUCCUCACAACAAAACAACACACAAAGCCCUCUGGAUUCUUCUAUCUCUGGCGAUCAACUCAACCUCCUCAACCAGGCAGAUCGUAGCCUGCGGUACAGUUACCUGCACCCCGUCGUCCUCGGCCCCUCCGAGAAACUCUGCCUGCAGGACGUCAAACUCUUCUCCCUCAGCAUCAAUCUGAGCCAGGCGUGUUCUGCAUUUUUCAAAGGACUGCUGUGUCUGCGUUUACAUUUGUUCGGACACAAAACCAAGCUGAAAGCGCUUUCAGCAAGAGGACACGACAAUAACUGUGAUGCCUGUUCAUUUUAAUGUACUUGUUUGUGCUUAAGAAGACAGUGGCUGGAAGGUCACUGGAAGGUCAUGGCGAGCUGUUUCUCCUGCACUUUGAAUGGAUGUAUGGCGUUCAACACAAGCACCGCGUGAGUUAGUAGGUGUGCAGUGUAUUAAUGUCUGCGAACUGGAUGAUUUGAUCAAAGGGGUAAAAAAAUAUAUAUACAGAAGCAGGUUGUUCCCAGGUGGAUUUUUGUGAUUAAUAUGACAGAAAUUUAGCAUGACUUUUUAAAAAUGUUUACAAUAUUACAGAAUAUCCAGAAAUUGACUGGUUUUGGGAAAACUGCAAAUGACUGGUUGCCUUUCAGAUGUAUGUGUCACCCUGGCAUUUUGACAGAUGUGCUCCUUCUCACAGGGAAAAUCCACCCAUGGAUGCUCUUACACUGUUAAAAAUCACCUGUCUGUGAUAUUAAAUGUGCACAAGGAGUUCUUUUGUGGCAUAACAUUUAAAAUGUACUUUUUACUUUUUUAAGCAGAACAAAUUUUCCUUAAUCUCUGUCAUCUAUUUCAGUGUCAGGUUUUUAUUUCCUACAGUUUCCAGAAUGCUUUUAGACAAGCCUGAAAUUAUUAUUUUUAAAAAAGGUGAGACACACUUACCAUCCAAGCAUACUGUGGCUUGUAGCUGCAUUCUGGUCUGCGAGUAUUUCUUUUGAGAGGGAGGACCAGCGGUUCCCGAAUUAUUUUUCCCUUAAAAUGAAUUUAUAGUUGCACCCCCUCCUCACAGGUUAUGUAUGUCAAUGAGUGGUAAUGAAGUUUAACCAAAGAGUGAUUUUUUUGUGCACAUAUCAAUUCAUUUGAAUAGUUAUUGACCUGCAAACUUAAAGUCAGACAACAAUGUUAUAUUUAUCUUUCAUUCUACUCAACAGAAAUAUAUUUUUACUCAUUGAUCAUCUUCGGCACCCCUCAGAUUAUUUCGGGACCAUUCGGGAGCUACCACCCCAGGUUGGAUACCACUUUUUUAAACAGUUAAGAAGCGCAUCCUCAUUGUUGCAUCCAUGGAAAUACCUGUCCAAUAAUCACAAGAGUACGAACAAUACGCCACCAAACAACAAAAUCAAUCAAAAAAUGCGUCACCAAAUACCAUUUUACCAACAGUGUAACCAUUUGUGGUGGAUUUUCCCUUUAAUUCACAAGAUAAAGUCAGAGUAUUCUUAAUAUAUCACACGCUAUGAUAAAAGUGUCAGGCUUAUAGAUUGUUCCAUAGGUGAUGAAUUGAUUAACAACACAAGCUAUCAUGUUGAGUUCACUAAUUUUUACUGAGAUCUGUCUUGCUUACAUAGUGAUGUUACUUUUCAAGUGGAGAAAUACUUUCUCAAGCCAAAUUGUUUUUUUUACUGUAGGUCUCAGGUCUUUAGUGGUCUAUCAAUUAUGUGCUUAUUUUGUUUCUGCUUUCUAAAAAUCCACAGUAGCUAUGGAUACAUUUAAAAAUUACUGAACGAGUGAAUGUAUUCAAGAGCUAUUUUUUAUUUUGUAUUACUUGAUGAUGUUGGCUGAGUAAUAUGCUGAACUCAACACAUUGGGCAAGCCAAUCCAGUUAUCUCACCCACCUGGCCUCCAUGUUUACAGGUUAGUUUUGCAGCUGCCGUCAGUGUAGUUAUGAUGGUGGAAGAUUAGACAAUCCAUUCACGGGACAAGUGAGCACUGUCAAUCAAAUAGUAGAAAACCUGUAGAAUGCUUUACACAGUUGAUGGUGUUGAUGCACACUGCGAAAGAAAUGUCCAUCGUAACAGAAUUUUACACGUUUCGCUAACUGUCUCUGUGUAUGCUAGCAGUGCAAUAGCAGAAUAAGCUAGCCUACAGUUAGUACCUUACAGUACUGCCAAAACUAUGAUUUUACAUUUAAUCAAGCAAAAGCUACCAACAAGAUUAAAUGAAUGAGUUCAUUUCAAUAUUUUCACUGUAUUUUAAGAAGGAGCUGACACAAUUUUGAAGUAACUUUGAUGCUAUCUUUUUUUUUAUCCCUACUGUUAGCAUCAAAAAUGUGUCUCGAACAAAACCAACCGAUGGGCAUUGAAAACUACAGAAAAUAUUUAAUCCUCUCCACCUUAUUCCCUUUUUGCAACCAUUUGUAAUUUACACCACAUAGUAAAACUAACUAAUUUCAUGACUCAAAAGGAAUAGGUUGUAGGUUUCAUAAUUUUAGGCCACACAAAGAAUAUUACGCUAAUUAGCUACAGCUGGAAAACUAGCUAUCUAUGUUGUUCUACAUGCAGUAGGCUAGCUCAUUUACUACUACAGUACUGAAGGCCUACACUACAGUAUAUGUAUUAAUAGUCUACAUGGCUCCAGCUAGCCUAAGAUUCAUUGACAGUUCUUUUACUUGUUUCAUUUGAGUACCCAGUGUCUUGUUAAGAUGGACAUUUUUGAACUGUGUGUUCACUCUGACAGGACUAUCAUUGGUUUUCUUGUAUGCUAGAGUCUGGACGUGACCAUUCUUGGUGGAAAAACGGUUUGAAUUUACUAAGUGCUUAAACUAGAUAUCGUGUAGGCCUAUCCAGACUGUGGAUGGAUGCUGUCAGUGGUAACUGGUUUGAACUGUGAUGCUCCAACGUUGGACACUGAUGGAGCCACUGAAGAGGAACUUUUUAUGUGGUGGUGAAA